GUCGAGAUUUAUGUCAAUGGUCGACUUAUCAGAGAUAUACACAUGCGGAUCGGACCUACUGGACACGCGUACUUUGAGCCUACCAUUGAAUCGGAUCACUGUAGGAGAAAGUCCAGCGCUGGCUUAAACGUGACGGACCGCCGGGAAUCGGAAACCAAAGGGCUACUGUUGCCUGCGCAGAUCGCCAAGCAGCCGCGCAAACCCGGAGCUCGAGCAUCGUUGACGGGCAUACACGACAGAAUCCACAAGGAGCGCAUCCGGAAUACGAAUGAAAAUGAUCUUCAUCAGAGAAAAAUGAACACUACCCAUUCAAAAAACAGAUCAUUCGAUUCCGAAUGUUCUACUCAGCCACCGCAGGAAGAACUCUAUCCGAUUGGACCGUACGAAAGCCCAGUGGUCGGGUCCAAUUGUGUCCCCAUCCUCAAUGCACACCAGGAGUUCUCCGACGCGAGAGAACAGAAACUGGUGCGAAUGCACACAAUGAACAAUACAGACGAAUCCUAUGCGAUAUCAGGGGACGAAUCCGACGGGUUACAGGUCCGGCAGUCACAGCGGCGAAGCGUCGAUCGGGUGGACAGUGUGGAAGACAUACUCCAAGCAGAAACGCAGGAUAUCAACGCGGGGUCGUUAUCUACCGUUCCUCAGUAUGAAGGCUGCUAUAGUGAUACAGAGAAAGAGACGGAAGACUCGUAUUCCGUAAAGCCACUCAUGUCACCAAUACAACUACCCAUCUGGGAUGCCCUGUUCGUACGUUCGGAAGAUGAGGACAAUAGUGCCCAAGAAUCCGAUCCGAGGCCUGCGGACAAGACAAAUGCUGACAUGACAGAUGUUCAGAUCCCAUGCAAUGAGGGACCAGGUUACCGAUCCGAUGAAGACAACAGAAUAAGGAUCACUGUCGGAGCGCGACCGAGAAGAGGCAGCAAAUCCUUACAAGGAAGUUGCAGCAUGACACCGGAGCAACUGGCGUUCCUUAAUCUACGAUGGGGAGUCAACGAAGCGGUCUUCUCUGUAGUAACUAAAUACCAAGGUACGUGUCAGUGCGCCAGCUUUAUCUACUUGUGGAACUGGGAUGAAAAAAUCGUCAUAUCAGAUAUCGACGGCACAAUAACAAAAUCCGACUGGUUGGGACAUUUGAUGCCAAUUGUGGGUUUCCAGUGGAUCCAUUCAAAUGUCGCGCCAGUCUACUAUCGAAUUGCACAAAAUGGUUAUCGUUUUGUAUACUUGUCAUCAAGACCAAUUGGUCAGUCACGAGCUACCCGUGGAUUUCUAAACACGGUGCGCGAUAGGAAUUGCCCGCUACCCGAUGGACCUAUACUAUUGGCUCCCUUCUCCCUGAUCAAGGCCUUCCAAAAGGAGGUUAUCCAAAAGAAGGCGGAAGAAUUCAAAAUCGAGUGUCUUCGACAAGUCAGGGAUCUAUUUCCUCUGGUGGAAGAUCAGACACAUGGAACAACUGCUCUGGUUGCGGGUUUUGGAAACCGACCGUCAGAUGUUCUGACCUACAAAGCCGUUGGGUUGAGAGGGUCCCAAAUUUUUACGGUAAACCAUCGAAGUGAAAUUGUUUGUGACAUCGACAACACCAGGACAAAAGACUUGGAUGAACGAAAGACGACAGCGCUGACGCCCUGCAGUAAAAUGUCGCUAACAUUUGAAUCCCUGCUACAAAAUGUCGACGUCUACUUUCCACGAGCACGUGAGAGACUAAUGUACGCAACAGAGCAUUCAGACUUCACAUACUGGCGAACAUGAUAGGCCCAUUAGACAGUGGAGAGAAUGGGUGUUUGUGAGGGAAAGAUAGCUUUAUUCUUGUAUAUUUUGUUUACAAACAUUGAUUUUGUACAAAA